CUGGCACAUUCUACGCCCAAGUCAAAUCACGUCGUUCCAUUAGGAUGACCAUACUCAUAAUAUGAGUGUUGCAUAUGUUCUUUUGCUCUGUCGCUGACAGCUUUGGCUGUCACGAAACCAACAGGACCGAUGGAAUCCUUCCAAGUGCGCCUCAAUUGUGUAGAUCACUACCAGGCAAACCCGUCAGAAUUUGACCCCCCUCUGCCUUACAAGGAUGGCAUAGGAGCGAAAGAUGACAGACCGAAAGUUCCCGUGAUUAGGAUAUUUGGGACUACAGAAACCGGCCAAAAGGUUUGCGUUCAUGUCCAUGGCGUAUUUCCUUAUCUCUAUGUGCGGUAUGACGGGGACCUGAAUCCAGAAAUAGUCCGUUCCUCGAUAAGCCGUCUUCAUCUGUCUAUCGACCAUGCCUUGGCAGUAAGCUACCGUCGCAAUGCGUAUGAUAAAAACGCUGUCUAUGUUGCACAUAUCACCUUGGUGAAGGGUGUCCCCUUCUAUGGUUACCACGUGGGGUAUCAGUUCUUCUUUAAGAUUUAUUUACUCAACCCGAUCUACACUACAAGAUUAGCGGACUUGCUGCUUCAAGGCGCCGUGAUGAAAAAGUCGAUUCAACCAUACGAAAGCCACAUGCAAUAUGUCCCACAGUGGAUGUGUGACUACAGUUUGUAUGGGUGUGCGUUCAUGAAAUGUUCCAAGGUGAAGUUUCGCUCUCCUGUACCGGAGUACCUAGAUCUUUUUGAUUUAUCUCACCGUUGGCAUGACCGAUCGAUUCAGCCAGACUGGAUUUCCGAUGAAACUGUUCUCGCUAAGCAAAGCCACUGUCCUUUGGAAGCCGAUAUUUGCACUCAAGAUAUUCUGAACCGACUGGAAAUCAGCGAACGGUCAAUUCACAAUGACUUCAGCGAAUACCUGAAGCCCGUGUUUUCCAAUGAAAGGCUUGUGCCGAGUAUGGCGGGGUUGUGGCAGGAUGAAAAACGGCGACGAAAGAAACGCCUUGGCCUCCUUGAUCCGGAUAGUAGUCCAUUUAGCAACGAAGAUCUUGUUUCAUUCUCAACUAAUCCAAGGAAAUGCUCGCAAGGGGAUUGGAUCCAUGAGAAAGAAUUCCGGCAAAUGACUUAUCAGAUCGCUGAAGAAGAACGACGUCAAGAUGGUGAUCGAAAAAUAACUUUUGACGGCUUCCUUGAAGUAAAUUCCUUUGAAGACAAUAUCAAAACCGCUUUGGAGAGCGUUGAGGAUUUCUUCCCCGGCCAAAACGGAUUCACGGAUCUCAAUAUUCCAUACAAGGAGGAUAGUAAGGAUAUAGAAGAACAAACCGCAGACUACGUUGACGAAGGUGCUGUUUUGACUGAUAGCUACGAUGAAGGCCCUUACUCCUCUGGUGUGGAUAGCAUUGAUGAAGCAUUCUCUGAGGAUGAAAAUGGCGAUGGACAGGUUGAUGUGCUUGAUAAUAUGCCGCAAGACGGCACUUCUGGUACAGGCCUUCAAAAUUACCCUGUCGAAGAUGCAUUCGAGCUUAACGCUGAUGGCUUUCAUCCGGAACUAAUCGAAGCUGAGCACCUCGCUGGACCGUCCACAUUUCUGGAUUCUGAGAACGGGAGCGCAAGAACAGGUAACAAACGCCCUCAAACAGAAGGCCUUGGCGAUUAUAAUUCCCACAAAAGACGAAAGCAUGCAAUUGGUGCUUUCUCCCAACCCUUCAGGCGGCCUUUACAAAAUCCAUUGCAACUUGGUAUUGCUCAAAUACAAAACCCAGAAGCUGAAGCCACUGCAAGUAGCGAUACUUUAAGCCAGAAUGCAAAAGACAUGGCUUCUCAAGGAAAAAUCUUCUCUUCCCAAUCAACAGUUCGCCUGAGGGGCAACGGUAAAAACAGUACUUUGAACUUCCCAGUUGUGAAAGACCCUAAUGAUCCUAUGACUGUAAUGCGUUUUAGCCAAGACGGAUCUUGUUCAAAGGAUCUGUGGGAAUUGACAGACAGUGCAAAGACAGAUGUCAAAAGCAUAAACACAUCGCAAUUACAAUCGUCCCGUCAUGGGGUAGAGUUUGACACGUCAAAUAUCUUUGCCUUGGAGUCGGCAGCGCUUAUAUAUGAUGCAUUUAAUAUCUCAACAAACAUCCGAUUAGGUUGCUUGCGACGCCCUUGUCCCACCCCAACCGAGGUUUCUUCGACCCUCCAAGAUUACGAUUUACCAUCUAUUCUUUACCAAAAUCCCCAUUACAGUAAAGAGAGCGAUGUACCUGAUCGCCCACGCGAUUAUGCUGGGAGAGAAUUUCGGCUUGAAGGUACCAGUAUACACUUCCUUCCCGAUUUUGACCCAUCUGGCCGUUCCCUUACGACAUAUGGCGAGCGAAUCGUGGAGUCAAGCGAUAGACUUGACAGGCAGGAAGUAGACCGACAGUUGAGAAUCAAAUCUACAUCUAGAGUAUGGGAAUUUGCUCCGGUGGCCCCAAGCCGCUCUGAGGUUUUAACUUGGUUCGAAAACGAGCAACGUGAAUGCUUGACAAAGGCCGUACAAUCAAAGGCUAGAUUUGAGGAACCGGAAGUAAAGACGAAGGCACUUUCGCAGAUUGAAGGCCCUACCCAGCAAAACGACUGCGGGUUCAAGUACUCACAAAAUGGAAAAUCUGCGAGUGUUGAACAUCAGGCCCAGUAUAUGAGUAUUAUGAGCUUGGAGAUUCAUGUCAAUACUCGUGGAGUGCUUGCGCCGAAUCCGGAAGAGGAUGAAAUUGCAUCCUUCUUUUGGUGUCUAAAUUCGGAGGAUAAGUAUCUCGAGGCUAACGGCGAUAUACCGGGUACUCGUGUCGGAGUCAUAUUUCAGGGGGAAGGCGACGGACCAGAGAUAAAAGUGUCGAAAGCUUUGAAAGUCGAUUGGGAACAUGAACCAACGGAGUUGGAUUUGAUCAACCGAUUAGUUGACAUAGUUCGGUUGUAUGAUCCUGACAUUAUCACUGGGUACGAGGUUCAUAAUAGUUCUUGGGGCUACGUGAUUGAGAGAGCCAGGAAGAAGUACGACUUCGAUAUUUGUGACGAAUUGGCACGGGUCAAAUCCCAAGCACACGGACGAUUCGGCAAAGAAGCAGAUCGAUGGGGGUUCAAUCACACCUCAUCCAUCCGAAUUACCGGGCGACAUAUGAUCAAUAUCUGGCGAUCUAUGAGAAGUGAGCUCAAUCUGUUGCAGUACACGAUGGAAAAUGUCGUUUUCCACCUCCUGCACCGACGAAUUCCUCAUUAUUCAUCCCAGGAGCUCACAACAUGGUAUCGGAGUGUUAAACCUCGAGACUUUAUGAAGGUUGUCAAUUACUUUGUUUCGAGAGUCCAAAUGAACAUCGAGAUUCUCGACUCGAACGAGCUUAUAUCGAGAACUAGUGAGCAAGCCAGAUUGCUCGGAAUUGAUUUUUUCUCUGUGUUUUCUCGCGGGUCUCAAUUUAAAGUCGAGUCCUUAAUGUUUCGAAUUGCAAAACCGGAGAAUUUCAUCCUCGUCUCCCCAAGCAGGAAACAAGUUGGUCAACAAAAUGCCCUUGAGUGUCUGCCUUUGGUUAUGGAGCCACAGAGUGACUUCUACACCAGUCCUCUUCUCGUUUUGGAUUUCCAGUCAUUAUACCCUAGUAUCAUGAUCGCGUAUAACUAUUGCUAUUCAACUUUCCUAGGAAGAGUGCAGCAAUGGAGGGGGCGAAAUAAAAUGGGAUUUAUGGACUACAACAGACAGCCGCGAUUGCUAGAACUGCUGAAGGACAAGAUAAAUAUUGCACCAAAUGGCAUGAUUUAUGCAAGACCAGAAGUGCGCAAGUCGCUCCUUGCGAAAAUGCUCGCAGAGAUACUGGACACUCGUGUGAUGGUGAAGGCCGGGAUGAAAGUGGACAAGGACGACAAAGCGCUACAGCGCCUUCUCAACAAUAGACAGCUUGCGCUGAAGUUGAUUGCGAAUGUUACGUACGGAUACACCUCUGCUUCAUUUUCAGGGAGGAUGCCUUGCUCUGAAAUAGCAGACAGCAUCGUCCAAUCCGGACGCGAGACCCUUGAGAAGGCUAUUGCUUUUAUCCAUUCCGUGGAACGAUGGGGCGCUGAAGUAGUCUAUGGAGAUACGGACAGCAUCUUUGUUUACCUAAAGGGACGCACACGGGAAGAGGCCUUUGAUAUUGGAGAAGAAAUCGCCCAAGCUGUCACUGAUAUUAACCCGCACCCGGUGAAGCUCAAGUUCGAGAAGGUCUAUCACCCCUGCGUGCUUCUUGCUAAGAAACGAUACGUUGGCUUCAAGUACGAGCACAGGGAACAGAAGGAGCCUGAGUUUGACGCUAAGGGUAUUGAAACUGUUCGACGCGAUGGUACUCCCGCGGAGCAGAAAAUCGAAGAGAAGGCUCUCAAGCUUCUCUUCAGGACCGCAGAUCUCAGCCAAGUAAAGAGCUACUUCCAGAACCAAUGCACGAAAAUCCUGCAAGGAAGGGUUUCAAUACAAGAUUUCUGCUUCGCUAAAGCAGUUAAAUUGGGAACAUAUAGCGAUAAGGCACUGCUUCCUGCGGGGGCUCUCAUCAGCACCAAGAAGAUGCUGGAAGAUCCUCGCGCGGAGCCGCAGUACGGUGAACGAGUCCCAUAUGUUGUCGUUACCGGAGCCCCUGGGUCGAGACUGGUCGAUCGCUGUGUACCACCCGAGACACUUCUUCAAGAUGCACAGCUCGAACUCGACGCAGAAUAUUACAUCACGAAGAACAUCAUCCCGCCGCUCGAGCGGAUCUUCAACCUUGUGGAGGCAAACGUCCGUCAAUGGUAUGACGAAAUGCCGAAGUUCCACCGAAUUCGACGUGUAAAAGGAACAACCUAUAGCACGGGGAAGGGCGGCAAGAAGACCCUCGAGUCGUACAUGAGGUCUUCCACAUGCGUCGUGUGUAAGACCAACAAACUCCACGCCGAAACCGACACCCCUCUCUGCUCACCAUGUAUGCAGCAAUCUCACGUCUCCUUGCUUGACCUUAUCUCUCGUCAGCGACAAGCCGAGCAGAAGGUCUCGAACCUCGAGCGCAUUUGUCGAUCCUGCAUGGAUGUGCCAUUUGGUGACGAAAUAAAAUGCAACAGUUUGGACUGCCCUGUUUUCUAUUCUCGAACCAGAAGCCUAGCGCAUUGGAGGCACACUAAUGCCGUCUUCAAUCCUGUUGUCAAACUGUUGCAGGAUAAAUGCGAGAGUGCCUUGGAAUGGUAGUCACAAGGUCAAACGCAUAUCAGAGACCACGCGCAGUUUUCAUUUUUCAUUUUUCCUUUUUUUUUUUUUUUUUUUUU